AUGCAUAUCAGAGCUGUUGACUAUCUACACCCCCUGCCGGUUAUGUAUAGCUGGGAGACGGCAGGGCCGACUCCUGUGCAUGGUCUGCUUUUACUAGGACUGGCAGUCUUGCUCUGUAUCGCUUUUACCUACAAGCACCGAUACCAGGUGAAAACACGCUCCAGACGCUCGGGGCAUGGUCUCUACAAAGAUGUACUUCCUCCGAGUCGCCGGGAGGCCACUGGCGUCAACGCAGUUCCGCCGCUGGAGAUCCUACUGAAUCUUGUGCCUCUAGAAGACAGAGUGACAAGUCUCCCUGGAACCUGCUACACACCGACUGGCUUUUCCUCCAACGACAUCAAUCGCCUGGGUCGGUUUCCUGACUAUGCCACGCUCAGCGGCGUUCGACCCCCUGAGCCAUUGCCGCACUUUGAUAUCAAGACUGCCUUUGCACGGCCAUAUCGACCUGUCCGAUGGCCAUACCACCAGACAAUGUCCAUUAGCAAGAUGGAUCCCGACUACUGGCUCGAACUAGAACAGAACUACCGCAUCCGCAUCCAGCAACGACAAGAACUAUACAUACGCCACGGCAAGUCCGUUCUCGACUACCUCCCAGGAUCUGAACUCGCCUGUCGUGAACUCAUGGAAAUGGCCCUUCAGUUCCUCUGCAAUCGAUACCCCAACGCCUUCCAGCUCCUCAACCACAGAACCACCCUGCGCAACACCAUCCUCGACACCGAAACAAACCUCACCCUCCUGCACCCCCUACACGUCCUCCUAAACAACAUCCCCGAAGACUUCGCCCUCACCCUCCGCAAUCCAGAAACAGGAUCCUACCACCUCCGCGCAGGUAUAAUCUGCAGCUCCCUCGGGUGGACGCUAGGCAGCAAACUCGGACAGGACAUCGACGCCAUCCAUGCCCCUGUGCCAGAGUAUACCUCCAAAAUGGCCUUCUCCAUGAACCGCUUCUUCGCAAGAUUACCAACCGACAAGCCUAUCCAGCGCGGCUCUUGGGGUAUCGAAAUCGAUCAGCCUAUCCACAUGGCCCCCGGCGAUCCAGCUGCGCAGCGCCACGAUGUCCAGGACCCAGACGUCUCGCUAGACAGGUACCACCUCCGUGUAGACUGGCAAACUCUUCGCCGGUUACCGGUCUCAGCGGCGAUUGUGUUUAAUUUCAAGGUGUUGUUUACUCCUGUGACGCAGCUGCGGGGGGAGCCGUAUAUGCCGUCGCUGUUUUUGAAGAACUACCGCGAGGCGAAGAGGGCGUUUCUGGAGCAUAAGAAUGCCUGGCAUACGGAGGCGACGGUGGUUCCGGCUUUGGAGCGUUGGGAGGAAGAACAGAAGGAGGAUGAGGUUAUUCCUGGGGAUUGGGAGGUGGCAACGUUGGCGGAGUAUCCCUAUUGUCCUGGGCGGGAGGCGACCACCUCAGUCGGUUAA